GUCGUCUCGUGUAAAAGAUGUGUUAUCGUUAUUGACGCCCAAAGAAUUUGAAUCGUUACCUACUUAUAACUUAGUUUAGUGUCUGGCAUUAAUAAUAGUACAGACAAGACUCUAGGCUGAACUCCGGAAUAGUCAUGGCACCUAAAUUGUUGUGGACAACAAUUAUUCACGUCUUACUAUGGAACUUUAUAUUUUCUGUAACUGAAAGUAUUGAAUUAAAUGGAGCUGAAGAUUUAUUAUCAAAUAAUUUUCGUGACCGAGUGCGGUUUACUACACAUAUAUGUGAUCGUUUGAAAAAUUUACCACCACCAGCUGCUUAUAAUAAUAAUGAUGAACCUUUAUCUGAUCCAGAUAGUGAUGGUAAUUUUGAAAAUCCGGGCUUAGUUAAAGAUUUGAGUAAAGCAGUAAAUCCCGUAAAAAGGCAUGCAAGCUUACGAUGCUAUAAUCUUCAUACACAGGAAAAUAACGAACCUAAUAAACCAGAUCCUUCAAUAACAAAUGAGUGGCAAAUGAAGUCGACUCCUGUAAACAAUGCAUUUGGUGCAAAUUUGCAGAAUGACUUAUUAGUGGCUCACAAACCAAAAGUUGUAGAUCUAAAAAAAAUUGACAUAAAUUUUCAUAAAAUGGUACAUCAAGAACCAUUGCAUUCUACAGUAUCACUUUUACAAAAAGGAAACCUUAUUGGAGGAAAUCCUAAAUAUGUCCCAAACCUUCAAUUAAAUUUACAAGAUAAGACGAACAAAAUUAAAUCAUUAAUUUCUGCUCCACAACAUAAGUCAGCCGAUGUAAUACCUGUUAAAUUAUUGGAUGAAAGUCUACAAAACAAAUUUAUUAAGCCGUCGUUGACUUUUCCAUCACCUUCUAAAUUUAUUAAAUCUCCAUCAUUAUUGCAGCCAACUGAAAUACAUAAUAAUAAUGAUAAUAUAGCAGUGUUAACGACAGAUAACGACAAACCAAGUAACCCGUCAAAACUGAUUCCACUUUCACCACAUAAUAUACCGAAUAAAGAUGUUUAUCAACAAGAUUCAUUAAUUGAGAAAAAACCAUUAUUGUCUGCUGUUCCAUUCAUUCAGAUUAACAAGCCAAAACCUGUAGAAAUAUUGGAUGACAAACAUGUACCACCUAUCGCGUAUCGACCUACAUCUCCUCAGUAUAUAAAAAUUCCUGUCAUAAAACCAGUAUUUGUACCGAUUUUUAUGCAAAAAGAAGUAUCAAUAUCACCAGCAAAUGAACAACCGCAGACAACCAAUAUUGGUUUGUUAUCACAACCUAAAAUAACCAAAAACGGCAUUGCUGAAUCAACGUCUCAACCAAACCUAAUUGAAAAAGAAGUUUCAAUAUCUCUGCCAUAUAAAAAACAACAGGGAUUAAUUAAUUUGUUAUCACCUGCACAAUUUAUAAAGACUUCUGAUACAGAAAAAGUACAUAAACCGAUCGCAAUUGAAAAAGAAGUUUCAAUAUCUGAACCAAACGGACAACAAAAACAACCGAUAAUUGAUUCGCCACCACAAACUCCGAUAUUUAUAAGGACUCCUGACAAAGAUUCAUUAAACCAAGCGAUACCAGGACAAACAAUAGUAUCAGUAAAUGCACCGGAGCAAAAACAAUCAAUAAUUAGUUUGCCAUCGCCUCCUCAAGUAACCGAGACUUUCAACAGUGAAUCAACAUCUCAGAUAAUACCGGUUCAAAAAGAAGUUUCAACGUCCGCUUCGUAUGUACAACAAAAGCCAUUAGUUAAUUUUUCGCCACCACCUCCACAGUUUCAACAAAUUAAAAUACAAAAAGAAAUAUCAAUACCAUUGCCAUAUCAGCAACAAAAGAUUGGUGCACCUUUAAAACUAGUUAACUCUUUUAACUCUGAAUUGUUAUCUCAGUCAAUUUCUCAAAAAAAAAAUUCAUUAUAUGAUCAACAAAAGCCAAUCAUUUUGCCAUCACCUCCUUCAUUAAUCAAGACGACUACUUCAGCGUAUGCCAAUUAAUUGAAUAAUAAAUAUUCACUAUUUAUUUGUCACAACUUUAAAAACAUUAACAUUUCUGCAUUUCUGAUAUUUUUUAAUUUGUGACAAAAAAAAAAAAAAAAAAUAAGAUGGUU